AUGCCACCAGCAAGCUUCUCUCAGUUCGAGCCAUCGGCCAUCCUUCGAGAGCUAAACAAGGCCGACGUCAGGUUAAAGUUUUGCGUCCUGCUGAUGGCUGCGUCGGAGAAUGUUCGCGAUCUGGCAUAUUUCACAUUCCAUAAUCCCCAGCUCAGAGACGACCUCUUUCGGAUCCACACAUUCCUCGUCCAAAAUGACGUCACUCUUGAGGACCUUGCACCCCUUCAACUCUUUCCCUUUCUGUACUCUCAUCGAUGGCCA